CCCCUCUUCUUCUUUAAAGUCAGACUGAUUCAUAGAAACUCCUUUAAAACUCAGUAAAAAGACACCGCCCCAUCACACAUCCCCACACACCAGCAGAGGAAACAUAACCUCCGGAGUCAGGUCCUUCCCCUCAGUGCUGUUACAUACUCAAGAAGAGAGGACCAAGGACAAAAGCCAGCUCUUGUCACUCAAGGUGCUCGCUGCAGUUGCGCCCUUUCUCAAGAGUUCUCUUCAUUGACAUCCACUCAGACAAGAUGUUGGUACUACUGGCCGGGAUCUUUGUGGUCCACAUUGCCACAGUCAUCAUGUUGUUUGUCUCCACCAUUGCCAAUGUCUGGGGUGUUUCAAAAAAUGGGACUAUCUCAGCUGGUCUUUGGAACCUGUGUGAAAAUGGGAAGUGUGAUCAAGAUACACAAUAUGCGGGAGAAGAUGCCCUCAAAUCUGUGCAAGCCUUCAUGAUUCUGGCCAUCAUCUUCUCUGUCAUUUCUCUUGUCGUUUUCAUAUUCCAACUCUUCACCAUGGAGAAGGGAAACCGGUUCUUCCUCUCGGGUGCCGUCAUGCUGAUUUGCUGGCUGUGCAUUCUGAUUGGAGUUUCCAUCUACACUGAUAAAUAUGCUAAUGUGGAGGCUUUUCAAGAGUUUGAUCACCACGGAUACUCCUUUAUUCUGGCCUGGAUUUGCUUUUGCUUUAGCUUCAUUAUUGGCAUCCUCUAUCUCGUCCUUAGAAAGAAAUAAGGCUGCUGGAAUUUGUCUGUGGGGUUUGGGGGAGGGGGCUGGGAGGGGAAAGCUGUUGAAACUGGGAGGGAAGUGGGAGCUGCUCUGCUAGAAGAACCAUAUAAAGGGUGGGGUGGGAGGAUGGGGUGGGUAUGGGAGAGGGAAGGACUAGACUCGUCGCUGAGAUAAAUUACUACCACCACACACCCUACCCUCAAGAGAAAGCCGGCUGUGAGGAGAAGCUGCUCUGAGUUUCCCUGGAUACCACAAGCUAGAGAGCUUCCCACAAAGCACCAAGGUUUUUCUCCUGCUGUUCUAAACUGCUGGACUUGCCAGACAUCAUGCCAUUGACUUCCUAGCAUGAUGGAGAAGCAGUGAAGUUCUCACUCCUGAGGAAUCGAGAAAGCCCUCAGACCUUUUUCACUGAGUUAAAGUAGCGGUACAAGUUCCUGGCAAUGACCGUGGUGUUAUUUUUGUGCUGAAUGUGCUAAAUCUGGAAGCAACCCCUCCCUUCCUACUCAGAGCAAAACAUUGAAACCCCUGUUACAGAGCGGCCCUAAACCGAACUGUUGGCAACCACCUGAUAAUCUCUGUUAGGAUUAGCCUGUGUAAUCAGAAAAAGUAAGUUAGAGAAAGUUUGCUAACACACUAGUUCAAUACCUGACACAUUGGAAGUGUUAAUAAGUGCUUGCUGAUUGAGGCAGAGAGGUCAGGGGGAGGACAAAGCAAGCAGUGUGAGUGGUUAGGAGGUAAAAGAGCAUAGAGGACCUCAAAGGUCCUCCAAUGAUCCAUCCCCUCGCCCCAGAGCAGCUGAUCAAAACACACAUUCACCCCACAUGGAGUUCUCUCACCACUCAAGUUUGCUGGGCCCCUUGCCUAGAGUCUGAGGCUAGGAGCUUCUGUAAAGCCAUUAAGUAACUACAAAGUCUACAGUGAAUACAACAUACAAGCUAUGGGACUAAGGGAUUGUCUUAUAAAGAGCGCCAAAUCUCCCAAACUAUGCUUCUAGGAUCUUUUUUUUUUUGAUGUUGAAUUCAAUUUUUUAGUUGCCUACAUAUGAGCAGAUUUUUUUUUCUACUUGCAUGAUGGAAAGGCAGUAAACACAACUGUUUAUAAUCCCCACAUUAGGAACAACUGAGGAAUUGUGGUCUGAUUGUCCAGGCAAGGAUACGUUAGUUGGGGUUUUAUUGCUCCGCUGUAGCCUGGAUUUCUUAUAUGAUAUUGGAGUAAGUCAUUUCGUUUCUCUGAGGCUCAGCUUCUCAUGUUUGGGGACCGGGGAUCUCAGAUCUCUUCCUGGCUUUGUAGGUCAUCUAGUCUGGCAACUGGGCCUCAAAGAACUUAGGUUUGUCAGAUGGUCAAUAACCACCCUGAUUCACCUUAGAGAAGGGCUUCUUAAUCCUUUUUUGGGUCAUGGAUUCCUUUGACAGUCUGGUGAAGCCCAGGGACCCCUGUUCAGAAUAAUGCUUGUUUCAUAAUCGAAGGAAAGGCUGAAUUUCAUUGGGACAUUAGUGAAAAUAAAGAUGUAUUCCUCCUCCCCCUCACCCAAGUUCACAGAUUCCCUAAAAACAAUCCAAAUACCUCUUGGGAGGUUAAGAACCUCUACCGUACAGGGUAAUGAGGCUUAAUUAUUAAGAAAGCUAAUUCAAGUUAAAUUACAGCAACAGAAAGGACCUUGGGUGAAAGGUGCUACCUAAUUGUAAAGUAUUACCAUGUCAUAGCUCAGUUAUGAGAACAGAUUGCUUGCUUCCUUGCUUCCUACCAGAAAGCAGAACGUUCCCCCAAGACAAGUAAAACUUUAGUUAAUAGAUAGAUAAGUUCUUUUUAUAAAGCAACUCUUAUGGUACCUGAUCAGAUCAUAACUGAACUGCUCUGCUGCCAUGGGGGCAUUAGUAUACAGGACUGAGUUAUUCUGUUCCUACUGGUCAAAUAGCCACUGCUUUCCUCCCCUUGGUAGGCAGAGGGGAAAGUGGGGUUCUUAAAGGGACAGCCAGAGCAGCUAUUUGAAGCCAUCUCAGACCCUGGGUUUCUUUUCCUGAUGUUUCCCCUCUCCAUGUGAAGGGAACAGUCUUGGGGAGGAAUUUCAGACAUCUUUCCCUUCUAACUUAACCUCUACUCUCCCAAUAUCUCCUGUACAUUUUUUUUCUAAAUUGUGUGGGGUUGUUCUGCCAUGAUUGCUGAUAUUUAUGUAAAAGUAGUAUUACUAAGCAGUACUGGUGUAUAUUCUAGUUCUACGUAUAUGCUGGGGGCAGGGCACCAGAUUACCUGAGGGUGGUGGCCAGGUUGGCUUGGAAAAUUGUGGGCUGAUAAAUGUUUUAACAGACAAGAAAAGUUUAGGCAAGUAGUAAAGGCUUUUAUAACUUCCAAAACUCUUAUGCCAUGAGUUAACCAAGGAGAUGGUUGUGUUGCUUACAAAAGUCAAAAAAUGACUUGGAGUGAACAUCAUAUUCCCCUCUUUUUGUGUGACAUUUCCUUCUCAUGUAAUUUGUAUGACAUUGGUUGGCAUGUCCUAGUACUGUACUUGGCUUUUUUUCAUGGAAUAAGAUAUUUCAUAUAUAGUAAUUGUAAAUAUUUUGAUACAAAUGUUUAUAACUUUAAGGUUAAAAAAAUAGAUUCUGAUUCCCUUCACUGCA